AUGUUGAGUGUACAGCAGCAUUAUCAGAUUGCGAAAGCGCACCGAUUCAUCGGCACCCCCCUUUCCACGAUCCGUGGUAACGUGAUCGUCCAGAACGAGCACAGCAACGAUAGCAACAGCAGCAGUUGCAACGACUCCGUCAAGGAUAAUCGCAUGUCGUCGGCUCAGAAGAGGAAGCUCUACGGCUCGACCCUGCCACAACAGCAGUCCUCCGUGGCUCGACGUAACGCGCGCGAGCGUAAUCGCGUCAAGCAAGUGAACAACGGCUUUGCCACCCUGAGGCAGCACAUCCCCGACGCCCUGGCCACCUUCUACGCCAGCAGUGCCAACCCCGGUGGAAACAAUGCCGAUGGAAAUGGCAGUGGAUCGUCCAGCGCGUCGGGCUCGAAAUCCAACUCGAAGAAGCUGUCCAAGGUGGAGAUACUGAGAAUAGCGUUGAAGUACAUCGAGGGCAUGAAGUCGAUGAUCGACGAGCACGACGCCGAGGCCAUGUCUCAGACAUCGUCCUCGGCGUCGCCCUUGCCCAACAACAUCGUGCAGACAUUGGACAGCGCCGGCAUGACCGUCGACAUGAACUUCGAACUCAAGUCCGAGAGCGACGAGGAGUCGUACCCGAACGUCCAGACGCAUUACGAUCAACAGUACGUUCACCAGGAUCAGUAUCAGAUGAUUCAGCAGCAGCCUCAAUUACAACAACAGGUACAGCAACAACAGCAAGUGACGUAUGUCAACUCGAACUCGCCGACACCGAGCUACACCAGCGAGACCUCGUCGACCGGUGGCAGCCAAGGCUACGGCCAGGGCAGCUAUCACACCAUGAAUUCCCUGAAUCUGCAGACUCAGGUGUCGUUCGACUCCGCGCCCUUUAUGAGCAGCGAGGAGAAGGAUAUCCUUCACUUCAUCAAUCAGUGGCAGAACGACAAUCAGCAUCAUCAACAGCAGCAGCAGCAACAGCUCCUUCACGCGUAGACAAGCGGAG